AUGGUUACGAUCGAACCUCAAGAAUUUAUGCCCUCCACAACAGAAAACUUUAUGAAGACGACCGAACUUUUCAUCACCGAAAGACUUUUGUUGAACAGUACAGCGAGUACAGCAAUGACCACACAACAUCCCUUGCCGGAUUGCAUCUGUAGCCCGAUUGUGACGGGGCCUCCCUUUGGAAGGGUGCCGGAUGGAAUUGAAGACGUUUGCGCACCAAAUACGGGCUUUCUCGGCUGCAAAAGCAAUUCUAAUUCGCCGGUGGCUGAUCGCGAACUCAUGAGAUUUCGUUUAUACGAUGAGUCAGGAAAUACGAUACACGAUUCGGGGCCCUACUGCUCGGCCGAGGCCACAAAGUACGCCACGAAAAGUUGCGAAUGCCGGACGGCGUUAGCCAAAGGAGCUACCAUUAAUGCUCCGUUCUGCAAGGGAGUGAGGACACCCUAUUGGACGUGCACAAAUUACGGCUAUGACCCGGACCGAUGCGGAGAUAUC